AGGGAAUUGGUUUGGCAGCGCUAUCGAUGGCGAUGGCCCAACUCCACGACGACACAUCGAACAAUGCGGCAAGCAUGAACAAGCAGCGCACGAUUCGCAUUAUGGUGCUGGGCGAUGAGAAGGUCGGCAAAUCGUCCCUCAUUUCGGCGCUUGUAUCUCAGCAUGCCAGCGAGCGCGUGCCUCGUGUCCUCCAUGACAUUGUCAUUCCAACCGAGGACACUCGCGACAACGUGGUCAUCUCGCUGCACGACACAAGUUCGAGCUCGAAUGAUGUGAUGGAGGUCAUCAAGACGAUGAAUCGCAGCGACGCCGCCAUCGUUGUGUACGACGUGUCGCGGUCGAUCUCGUCGCAACGGUUGGGGUACUGGCUCGACUUGCUCAAGGUGACCAAGGUGGUCCCGGUCGUUCUUGUCGGCAACAAGAGCGACUUGCUCCCGGGUGGAUCAGAGAUAUCGCGCGUGCAAUCUGUCCUGCGAAACUAUAAGUUUAUCGUGCACACGUUGGAAUGUUCCGCGCGGACGCUGACCAACGUGAAGAAGACGUUUGGGCUCGCGCAAAAGGCGGUGCUGUACCCCAUGGCCCCGCUGUACGAUGCCGAGAAGAAGCAAUUGCAACCCAAGUUCACCACAGCUCUCAAACGCAUCUUCCGACUCUUCGAUGUAGACCGGGACGGUGUGAUCAGCCGCCAAGAACUGCACGAGUAUCAGAACGUAUGUUUUCGAACACGCAUGAAGCCGGAGGACAUGGAUGCGCUCUUGGAGCUGGUCACGCUUGUCAAACCCGAUGGAGUCGCAUCGGAAUUUCGCGGACUGCGCUUUGACGGGUUCGCGUAUCUGUCGGAGCUAGCAAUCGAAAAAAACAAGCCCGAGCAUUGCUGGCAGGUCUUGCGAACAAUGGGGUACUCGGAUACCCUGGAACUGGAAGUCCCGCUCGACCACAUCGAACUUCCCCAAGACACGGCGCAGUACGAGAUGUGCGAACCCAGUGCCGUCACGCUUCAGUUCCUCAAGGCCGUGUUCGAUCAGUUUGCGCCGUUGGCGCCGUCGACAGUCGACGACAUUUUUGCAAUCGUCCCGCCCGAGAAACGGCCGACCUGGACAACGCUGCCGUUCGAACACCAGCCGCACCUGGACUUGUCGGCAUGGCUAUCGCUGUGGAGUCUGGAAAUGGCAGUGCGACCGCAUCGCGCCCUCGAACAACUCUACUACCUCGGCCUUGUCGACGUCAAAGCAUCGACGGCUGUGGAGAUGCGCCGCAGCCACGCCAGCCGUCGCUCGACCUCGAACGUCAUUCGGUGUUUGCUGUUUGGCCCUCCUGGGUGUGGCAAGACAUUGCUCACAAACUCGUCGACGAGCUUUUCGUUCUUGUCACCAGAGCCGCUCUCCAUGGCGUUCCCGGACGGCGAUGCAAAACCCAUUCAAGCGUACCAACACUUGCUCCACAACGUCCACACCAUCGUGGACAAAGAGUCGGGGGUCGAGAAGACGCUGAUCAUCACCGAAGUGUCGGAAGGCGUGGUGGAUUACAGCAUGGUCGAGGCCAUCGCGACCGCGAUCCAAGUCGACAUUGUGUGCUAUCUUUUUGACGGCACCGAGCACGACUCGUUCGAGUACGUUGGCAAGCUCCAGGCGUGCGUCUCCGACACGAUUCCAUGUGUGUAUGCGUACUCGACGCCGAUUCCCAUCGACGACGGCGCAACGUCGCUGCUUGCCCUCGACAAGUGCGUUAGGCACUGCGCACAGCUCAAGUUGCAUUCACCCCUGAGCAUUUGCCUGAGCACGACUGCCGGUUUCGACGCGCUCUACGGCGCGCUCGUCCAUCGCGCGCUGCAUCCUCACGGCGCCCUCCCAUUCACCGAGAAGAAGGCUGCGGCGAAGAAGCUCAACGACCGGCUGUUUUAUGGCGGCGUCGUCGCUGUUGCUGCGGUCGCCGCCGGCAUCGCGUACAUGUACGCGGACGAGCUUCAAGAGGUGGGCUUUGUGAAGAGCAUCGUGCAGCUGUGGGACCAGACCAAGGUCAAGCUGCCUGCGCUCAAGAAAUAGCUCAAUAAAUGUGCACACGUGCUUGUUCACUACAAUAUCGCC